AUGAAUAAUAAAAUGAAAAAAUUAAAAUGUUAGAAAAUAAACAUAUUGAAUUCAUUUCAUUAAAUGAUUAACAUUAUGAUAGAUCAAAUCAAAUUGCUUAUAUCUUUGAAGAAUCCAUUAUAAUAUGAAAACUCUUCACUUUAAUCUCAAUUAUUAGAAUUCACCUCUGAUAACUAGCAACUUUAAGCUAAAUUAUUAACAAAAUUACAAAGAUUAACAAAUAAAGAAGAAAAAUAAUCUAUGAUCUAUAAAUGGCUCUUUAAAAUUUAUAAGAAGAAUUUAAGGAAGAAAUGA